AUGGCCGACGAAAAUGGCACCACCACCACCACCACCCCACCUCCGCCGGAAGGGGUGCCGGAUGCACCACUUUCCUCCCACCCUCCACCAUUCCCCCCCACUCCAAGAGAAAACAAAGAAACCCCAUCACCACCACCACCACCUUCUUCAUUAACAGAGAAUGAAACCUCACCACCACCACCACCACCACCAUCUACCACCACCCUAGCUGACGUCAUCGAACAACCAGAAAAGCCCAUAUCAACUGAACCCAAACCUCCCCCUGAAUCCAUGGUAUCUUUCAAAGAAGAAAGCAACCAAAUCAAAGAUCUUUCAAUUUCACAACAAAAAUCGCUUCAUGAAUUCAAAACCCUAAUCCAAGAAGCCAUCACCAACAACGACUUCAUCUUUUCACCAAAAUCAGAAGAACCCAUUUCAGAGAUCACCCAAGAGAUCUCAAUUUGGGGGAUACCCCUUUUGAAAGAUGAAAGAACCGACGUCGUCUUACUCAAGUUCUUGAGAGCCAGAGACUUCAAACUGAAAGACUCAUUCACAAUGCUCAAAGACACACUCCAAUGGAGGAAAACAUUCAACAUUGAUUCACUAGUGAAUGCAGACUUUGGGGAUGAUCUUGAAAAGGUAGUCUUUAUGCAUGGCUUUGAUAAAGAAGGGCACCCAGUUUGUUACAAUGUCUAUGGUGAGUUUCAAAACCAAGAAUUGUAUCAAACAACGUUUUCUGAUGAAGAAAAGAGGUUCAGAUUCUUGAGAUGGAGGAUUCAGUUUCUUGAAAAGAGUAUAAGAAGCUUAGAUUUUAGCCCUGGUGGUGUGAACACCAUUUUUCAGAUCAGUGAUCUUAAGAACUCACCAGGACCUGCCAAGAGGGAGCUCAGGCUGGCCACCAGGCAAGCUCUGCAGCUGUUGCAGGAUAACUACCCAGAAUUUGUGGCAAAACAGGUUUUCAUCAAUUGCCCUUGGUGGUAUUUGGCUUUCUAUACGAUGAUGAGUCCAUUCAUGACUCAUCGGACUAAGAGCAAGUUCGUAUUCGCUAGCACUGCAAGAACUGCCGAAACCCUUUUCAAAUACGUGAGUCCAGAACAUGUACCAAUUCAGUACGGAGGGUUGAGCGUAGAUUACUGUGAUUGCAAUCCGGAGUUCACAAUUGAUGAUCCGGCUUCAGUGGUUACGGUUAAACCUGCAACCAAGCAAACCGUCGAGAUCAUAGUAAACGAGAAAUGCAUAUUCGUAUGGGAGCUACGUGUAGUUGGUUGGGAAGUGGGCUACGGUGCGGAGUUUGUACCAAAUAACGAAGGUCAUUACACCAUAAUCAUACAGAAGGCUAAAAAGAUGAGUCAAACCGAUGAACCGGUGAUUAGCCACAACUUCAAGAUCAACGAGCUCGGUAGGAUACUUCUUACUAUCGAUAACCCGACCUCAAAAAAGAAAACAUUGCUCUAUCGGUUCAAGGUCUCUCCCCUUUCCGAACAACGAGUGUUUUGAA